AUGCUCAUCAACAAUGAAAAGCAGAAAGGAAUAUACACCUCGUAUUCACGACUUCCAUUGACUGCCCGCCCUCUUGAUCUCGUCUAUUUUAUUUUUUUCGCUGUCCAUCUCUUCGCCAGCAUUGUGCUCGAUUUACAGUACCUUUAUCCACCGCAAUAUGUACCAAGAUUAUUUCGACUGGCUCUCGACUCCUAUGUCUCUAUGUCAAGGGACCCUCUCAUUGGAGGCGUAUUCAAUCUCUACGGCGAUGGGGGCCACUUGAUAUGGUUCAAGACAUUCCUGGCCCUUGAGGCCGUUUUUCAAGUCCCUGUAUUCAUACUCGGCCUACGCGCCUUGUACUCUGGAUCCCAAAGAAUAUACCCUCUUCUCGUCAUCUACGGAGCGUCUUCCGCCACGACCACCCUUGCCUGUGUCGCUGUCGUCCUUCAAACACCCGAACUCACACCGGAGACACUUAAGCAGGGCAUUGCUUGCAUCACCUCUGAGCAACGAGUACUCUUGCUUUCGAGCUAUAUUCCGUUCCUUCUGAUUGCGGGAGUCAUGUCAGUAGAUAUGGCCCUGCGCGUAGGCAACUUGGCUGAGAAGGGAAUCAAGGCAGAGGCUGAAGAGAAAUGGGAGUAA